AUGUGGCUCGAUAUUCAUAAUCAGUUCAAGCAAAGUGAUGGACCAAGAACAGCUGAGAUUAAACAGCAGAUCUUUGCUGAAACACAAGGUUCUCAAAGUGUGAGUGAUUACUAUACGAAGUUGAAGCAGCUCUGGGAGGAGUUGAAGAAUCAUGAAGGACCUUAUACGUGUUGCUGUGGACGUCCUGACUGUGCUAGUCUAAAGAGGAUCGUUGCUAGAGAAGAGCAAGAUCACAUCUUGAAGUUCCUGACUGGUCUUAAUGAUACCUUUACUGCAACAAGGGGUCAGAUACUGAUGAUGGAGCCAAGACCUAACAUUUCCAAGGUGUUCAAUUUGGUUUCUCAGGAGGAAAGGCAACGGUCGAUGAAAAGUGCGAGUGUUGUUGCGUGUAACAUCUCUCAGAAUAUUCCUGAUGAUAAUCUGGUGGCGGCUUAUUCCGGUGGAUACAACAAAAACAGGCCUCGUCCCAUGUGCUCUCACUGUGGACUUACAGUCCAUACUGUCAACCGAUGUUAUAAGCUACAUGGCUAUCCGCAAGGAUACAAACCACCAUCCUCCUUUCUUAAACCACAGAGUCAAGUUCAAGCUCCAGGCUCACAGAAAUCUUCACAGAAUUGGCCUCCUCGCAAGGAGAAUGUUGCAAAUAUGGUUCUUCAAGAUAGUGGUGGUAUUUCGAUGCACACUCAACAAGGAGUUCACUUGGGUACAGUCACACCAGAUCAGGUUCACCAACUUCUCAGUGUCUUGAGUCUUCAAACGACACCAUCUCAGAUCUCUGGUAGCACCAUUCACUUGUCGGAUGGUACAGCUUCUACUUCAAAACCACAACCUCAUCUUAUCACUCAUUUAGCCUCUGAAACACCACCUUCAGGUAACACGAAUAACUAUCAUUUUGUUUCUGCGGGAAUGAAGAACGGUCUUACUACUUUAGACACUACUUGGAUAAUUGAUACUGGUGCUAGUUGCCAUGUUUGCUUUGAUUUGAAAAUGUUUCUUUGCACUAACUCAAUUAGUGACACGUUUGUUACACUUCCUGACGGUACUCGCAUUCAAGUAGAAAUAUCAGGCACUAUCACAAUUACUCCACGACUGACUUUGACUGAUGUGUUGUUCAUUCCUCAUUUCAAGUUCAAUCUUUUAAGCAUUAGUGCUCUUACUAGAAAUAGCACCAUCUAUGUUUUGUUUCCAUCAUAUGCAUGUUACAUCUUUCCUGGUAACCUGUUUCUUAAACUUCAGGAGCAUACUCCGGAUUACAUGAUUGGGAAGGGUAACCUCCACAACAAUCUUUAUGUCCUGGAUGCUCCUGCUUCACCUGAUCAUCAUUCAUCUGCAUCUCAUUCUGUUUCUUCUGCUACACAUAACGUUUUCCAUCAACAACAUACUCAAGAUCAUGAUAUUUCUCUGACUCCUACUCAUGAUGGAUUCAAGUAUUUACUUACGUUGGUUGAUGAUUGCACGCAUUAUGCUAAAACACAAUAUUCUGCUAGUAUAAAAGCAAUUAGAUCUGAUAAUGCACCUGAGUUAGCAUUUACAUCUCUUCUUCAAACUCAUGGUACUGUUCAUUUCUUCUCUUCUCCAUACACCCCUCAACAAAACUCUGUAGUAGAACAUAGAAACAAGUUCAGUCCUCAUGCUUCUCCGUGUGUGUUUCUUGGUUACCCAAAUGGAUUUGAAGAAUUUCCUUUUUCAAAGCAUAAACGUUCUGAUGAUUUUUCACAAUUCUUUGAUCAAGAUGUGUUGCCUCUACCAGUUCCAGAUUCCCCAUUCCCAGCUUUCUUUGAUCUAAGAAAUGAUAUAACUGAAUCUGGUUUGUUCUCUGCGCCUUAUGAUGACUCUUUGCAACAUCUUCCUUCGUCUCAUGUUUCUUCUAUUCCUUCUUCUUCCACUAACUCCUUACCACAAGCUCAGACUCGUUCUAAACGUCACACUCGUGCUCCUGCUUAUCUUGAUCAAUAUCAUUGUUUUUUACUUGAUAGGAUAGACACUCUUCCUGUUCAUUCAACUAAUACCACUCCAUAUCCUAUCUCUUCUUAUCUUUCUUAUGAUAAAUUUGAUGAGGAUCAUCGUAACUUUCUUCUCAAUAUUUCUACUACUAAACUUCCUAAAACCUAUAGAGAAGUUGUUCUAUCUGAUGAGUUUAAAAACUCCAUGAAAUCUGAGAAGAAUUUGUUGGAAGAGAGUGGUACCUGGUCUGUGUGUGAACUGCCUCCAGGGAAACAAUCUGUUGGGUGUAAGUGGAUUCAUACCAUUAAGUAUAAUCCUGAUGGAACCGUUGAGCGACAUAAGUCUCGCGUGGUGGCCAAGGGCUAUACACAACUGGAGGGUCUGGAUUACUUGGACACAUUCUCACCGGUGGCAAAGAUUGGUACACUACGACUUCUUCUUGCUGUUGCAGCGGCGAAACAAUGGUCGAUCACUCAUCUUGAUGUGAGUAAUGCCUUUCUCAAUGGCGAUCUUGAUGAAGAAAUAUAUAUGAAGCUACCUCAGGGUUAUGAAGAGUUGACUGGGAAGAAGGUGCCUCCGAACUCUGUUUGUCGGCUUCAUAAGUCUCUUUAUGGCCUCAAACAGGCAUCACACCAAUGGAAUCACAAAUUGUCUCAUGUGAUCACUGGUGAUGGUUUCAAACAGACUCACUCGGAUCAUUCUCUCUUCGUCAAGUACGUGGACAAGGUCUAUCUUGUGGUGCUCGUCUAUGUAGAUGACAUCUUGAUUGUUGGGAAUGAUGAUGAUGCGGUUGAAAGGUUCAAGACUGUUCUCAAGUCUGCGUUCAAGCUUCGCGAUCUUGGUCCAGCAAAAUAUUUCUUGGGCUUUGAGAUUGCUCGCAACCAGUCAGGCAUUUCACUUAAUCAGCGUAAGUAUGCGUUGGAGCUUAUCGAAGAAGCUGGCCUCUUGGGAUGCAAACCUCUUUCAGUACCUAUGAAACCGAAUGUGAAACUAUCACUGUCCACAGGCACUCCUCUGCCUGAUGAUGCCGUUUAUCGAAGACUUGUAGGACGCUUGCUGUAUCUCACCCACGCUCGGCCUGAUAUUACUUAUGUGGUGCAUAAGCUCAGUCAGUCCAUGUCUGCUCCCACAGACUCUCACCUACAGGCUGCUACUCGUGUUCUGAGAUACCUCAAGAAUGAUCCAGGCCAAGGCUUGUUCUACUCUGCUUCCCCGAAACUGAAUUUUACAGCAUAUUCAGAUGCUGAUUGGGGAGCUUGCACUGACUCCCGACAAUCCAUUACUGGCUAUUGCGUAUUCCUUGGUGAUUCCUUAGUCUCUUGGCGCUCGAAGAAAAAACAUACAGUCUCGCGGAGCAGCUCUGAGGCUGAAUACAGAACCAUGGCAGAUGCUACAUGUGAGUUGAUUUGGUUGACGACUUUACUCACCGAGUUACAUUGUCCACGUUCAUCACCUGCCAUUCUCUUUUGUGAUAAUCAAUCUGCUCUCUACAUAGCUUCUAAUCCGGUGUAUCAUGAACGGACAAAGCAUGUAGAGAUAGAUUGUCAUUUGGUUCGACAACGGUUGCAGAGUGGCUUUCUCAAGACGCUCCAUGUCAAGUCAGAGUUGCAACUAGCUGAUAUAUUGACUAAACCAGUGCAACCAGGAUUAUUCAAGAGUUUAGUAGACAAGAUUGGACUACACAGCUUGUGUCUUCCAUCUUGA